AUGGUAGACCUGGAAACCACCAAACAUGAGGCCAAAUCGACCAUCUAUCGAGACGACAACCAUGCCCCGGUUACAUCAGUUCUUCCAGAUGGCGACAUCCCUAUCUCGGACCAUGCGCUGAGCGCCGACGAGAGCGUGCUUGCGGCGCUCGGCUACAAGCAGGAAUUCAAGCGUGAAUUCUCGCUCUGGACUACCUUUUGCGUCAGCUUUGCGGUUCUCGGCCUUCUACCUUCCUUUGCGAGUACCAUGUACUAUGGCAUGGGCUAUGCCGGCACUGGGGGGAUGGUUUGGGGCUGGUUGAUUGCAAUGGUGUUUAUUCAAUGCGUAGCUAUGUCCAUGGCGGAAUUGUGCUCGGCGAUGCCGACCAGCGGCGGUCUGUACUACGCAGCAGCAGUCCUUGCACCGCCCGGAUACGGCCCUCUCGCUGCCUGGAUUACCGGGUGGUCGAACUGGAUUGGACAAGUGACAAGUGCACCGUCAGUAGACUACGCAUUGGCGGCCAUGAUUCUCGCUGCUGGCUCAAUCAGCAACCCGGAUUAUGUUCCUACAGACUACCAAGUCUACCUUCUCACCGUUUUGAUUCUUAUCAUCCACACGGCCAUUAGCAGCAUGCCCACCAAGUGGGUUGCCAACUUCAACUCUUGGGGUUCGACGUUCAACAUCCUCGCCCUAAUCAUCGCCAUCAUCACCAUCCCCGCUGGCACCAGCAAUGUCCCGAAAUUCACUCCCGCAAGCCAAGUCUGGAGCACCAUCCUCAACGGCACCGACUAUCCGGACGGCGUCGCCAUCCUGAUGUCCUUUGUCGGCGUCAUCUGGACAAUGUCCGGCUACGACUCCCCCUUCCACUUAUCCGAGGAAUGCUCCAACGCCAACAUCGCCUCGCCGCGAGCCAUCACCCUAACCUCCGCCACCGGCGGCCUAUUCGGCUGGUUUCUACAGCUCGUCGUCGCCUACACCGUCACUGACAUCGACGCCGUCAUGAACUCCGACCUCGGCCAACCCUGGGCCUCCUACCUCCUCCAAGUCCUCCCGCAAAAGACCGCCAUGGCCAUCCUCGCCAUCACCAUCGUCUGCGGCUUCUCCAUGGGCCAGGGUUGCAUGGUCGCCGCAUCACGCGUCACCUACGCUUACGCCCGCGACGACUGCUUCCCCUACUCCAACAUCUGGAAACAAGUCAACCCACACACCAAAACCCCCGUCAACGCAGUCAUCAUCAAUGGCAUUCUCGGUAUCCUGAUGUGUCUGCUCAUCUUCGGCGGGUCCGUAUCCAUCGGCGCGCUCUUCAGUAUCGGCGCAAUCGCACAGUUCGUCGCCUUUGCCAUCCCCAUCGCCAUACGGGUAUUCAUCGUCGGCAACCGGUUCCGUCGCGGCCCCUGGCAUUUGGGGAAAUUCAGUAAGCCGGUGGGUGCGAUGGGUGCGUCGUUCGUACUGUUGAUGGUGCCGAUCUUGUGUCUUCCCAGCGGCACGGGCGCUGAUUUGACACCGGAUUUGAUGAAUUGGACGUGUUUGGUGUAUGGCGCGCCGAUGUUGGCGGUAAUGGUGUGGUGGGUGGUUGAUGCGAGGAAGUGGUUUAAGGGGCCCAAGGUUAAUGUUGAGCAUAUGUUGUAUGGACGGGAGGAUGAGGAGACGCAGAAGAGCGAUGUUAUUGAUGGUGUGUUGCCUGUUGGUGCUGAGGAACGGCCGACACUGGAGGGUAAGGCUGAUGAGAGCGAAAAAGUGGUUGAUGGUUCGUCUUGA